AUGGUUCCAGUCAGCGGCUGGGAUGCACUGGGCAGGACUCUACGGGAACACUAUGAGCAAAGUCCGAGCAUUGUGCUGCUCAACUGUGGCGGAAACCGCUCUUUGCAAGACAUGCAUAUCCCAGCAAGAAGUAAAGUCUAUGUGAUUGACUCACGUAGGCCAUUUCACCAUGAAAAUAUUUUCGAAGGCGAACAAAUAAUGAUUCUUGUGGACAGUGCAGAGGUCCCAAAACUUAACAUACCCAAAAUGUCCGAUGUGAUUGAAGAAGGGGACUUUGGAGAGUCAGAGUCAGACGAUGAGAAUCGAGAAAGUGGAUCUGCGAAGAGAGGUAUGGAAGAGGUACAGCAAAGGUUGUUGAAAAAGGAGAAGAAGAAGCUUUGGUCAACACGUAGGAAGAAUUUGCUGUGGAAAUAUUACGAAAAUGCGUGGUACUCAAUAUCGACUGCCAUGCGAAUGCUCGAAUUAGCAGCCUUACUUAAUAAGGCAACUCCAGAAUUGAUGUGGAUUGCAGCUGUAGGUUUAAGUAGUCAGUGGACCGACAAAGUUGUUACAACAGAAGCCUACCACGAUGUGUGUAUUGAUCCCAUGUAUUCACACUGGUCGCUUUAUCGAGCAAUGGUUGUUAAUGAACAUUUUGCGUGUAAAACUCGUAAUUGGACCCAGAAAGGAGAUUCAGAUGUGAAGCAUCUUCUAGCCAAUUUGGGACUCACGUUACAUGAGACGAGGCAAAAAUUUGAAGCAAUGACGUCCACUCGUCGGAAAGAAGUGAUGCAAACGCUCGAGAAAGAAAUGACACCGCCGUUUGCUUCGUUUAUUGCACAUUUCGGGUAUUCAAAUCGCGUCAGUGCAGCUGAUGUUGCCAGAGGAAUGGCGGUUAGGUUAGAGUCUCCUCGACGGACUCCUCUAGUCGAUCGAUUCGAGUCAGCGCGGGAUAUAUUGAAUUGUUUCAUGAAAUCUCAUCAAAACUUCUCUCCACUUGUGAAAUGUUUUGAUGUGUAUAAGAUUGGUCUUGAGUGUGUAUGGACUCUAGUGGGAUCUGCAGUGAACCAACAAGAAGUGCUACCUCUUGGACCAUUCUUCCUUCACUCGUCAACACACCCUCUAGGUGGUUUCAACGCUGAUAAUGUUUACUCUACACAUCGUAUUCUACUAAGACGUGAUAAUGGUCAUGGUUUGAAAAGCCUUGAGUACACCAUACAUGCUCGUUUUCUUGCUAUGCCAAAUGCUCCCUUUCUACAAAAGGCAUUUGCAACGGUGCGACGAAGUCGUGAUCGAACUACCAAACCAAUUGUUGUGAGUCUAGCCCUACAUGGUGAUAUGCGAGGAUGGCAUAUAGUAACCGGAGUCAUGCCAUUGGAUACCAUUUACAAAGAUGCGCUAAUGAUGAGUUUUUUGGGAAGAGCGUUCGAAAGAGCGGCGGAGCAAGCUGGUAUAGACGUGCGGAGGGAUUGUUUUGAUCCCAACGUCGUACUCAUACGAUCAGAAGAUCGCUCACGCUUUUUUGACUUGCUACAAGCUGUUAUGGAAAUAGAAUCUUGA